AUGGCAGGUCUCCAGGGCAAGGUCAUUGCAAUCACCGGGGCAGCCUCCGGGAUUGGAAAGGCUCUGUCCAAGAUUUGCGCCUCUCGUGGCGCCACUUUGGCUCUAGCCGACAUCCAGGAUGAAGACCUGAAGCAAGUCGUGUCCGAAAUCAGCAGGACUGGGGCCAAAGUCGUCGGAACCAAGGUAGAUGUCGCCUCGAGCAAAGCUGUCGACGACUGGAUCACAUCGACUAGCCAGAAAUUUGGCCGUCUGGAUGGAGCAGCAAAUCUGGCCGCGGUAGACGGCAAGACUCGUCUCUUCGCUGACCUUACCGACACGACCGACGAGGAAUGGGAUUACGUCCUGUCCAUAAACUUGACGGGGCUCAUGUACUGCGUCCGGGCCCAGCUGCGAGUAAUGAAGGCGGGUGCCUCGAUCGUCAAUGUAUCCAGCCUCGCCGGAGUCAUGGGCAGGAAUGGCAUCUCGGCUUAUUCGACGAGCAAACACGGAGUGGUAGGCCUGACCAGGACGGUGGCCAAAGACGUCGGACCAAAGGGCAUCAGAGUGAACGCCAUUGCGCCUGGCCCGAUUCAGACUCCACUGUUUGAGAGGCUGUUGAAAGAGGCCGGAGGUACCGACAGUGAACAUCCUGUCACCAAGACAUAUCAGGGCAUGGCUCUCAGGCGGUUGGGCCAGCCUGAGGAGCCGGCCAACCUCAUUGCCUUUCUUCUCAGCGACGAUGCCAGCUUUAUUACUGGGGCGGUCUACUCUGUUGACGGAGGCAUUGCGUGCUGA